AUGGCACAACCAACAAGUCCGUCAAUAUCCCUGCCAGAUGGAGCACCCAAUGGCAAUCCAACUGCAAAUUCCAACCAUGUGAGGUCUAACUCGGACGUUCCUAUAGAUCCUUCGAUUUCGCAAGCUAGCCCAACCUACCCUCCCUAUUCGCCUUACCCGCAAGGACAAGACAUGCAGCAUGCCUAUCAACCACAGCAUCCGCCGUACAUGCAGCAACGACCACCGCACGAACAAUGGGGUGGCUAUCCUCCACAGCAUGGCAUGCCUGGCACAUAUCCGCACCCAGGACCAGGUGUCCAAGGGCCACCCCAAACUUCUGCCGCGUCACGUACCGGUCAGGUGUACUCGUUUGUCCCUAUUCCAGGUGCGCAGCAACAUAAGCGGCCACGACGAAGAUACGAAGAAAUCGAAAGAAUGUACAAGUGUGGCUGGAAUGGCUGCGAAAAAGCGUAUGGGACAUUGAAUCAUUUGAAUGCGCAUGUCACAAUGCAAUCGCACGGAACAAAGAGAACCCCAGAAGAAUUCAAAGAGAUCCGCAAGGAGUGGAAGGCACGUAAGAAGGAGGAAGAAAAUGCUCGCAAAGCUGAGGAAGAGCGGCAGAGAGUCGCAGCGCAAGCGAAUCAAGUGGACGGACAGCCUGGCGAUGCGCAUCAAGUGCCCGGUCAGGGAUAUCAACAAAGCGGUAGCCGACCAUCACUGCCGCCGAUUGGUUACCAGUCGGCCGACGGACAUGCACAAGGACAAUAUGGUCAACCCCAAGGCGGCAUGGUGUACCCACAAGGAAAUGGCCAGAUGAGCAAUUAUGCUAACUACCCCAAUUCUCCUUACGCGCAACAAGGCCAAGUCUACCAACAGCGUCAAUACUAG